GUAAAUAACACUGAUGCUGAAGGCAGGCUUGUGUUGGGGGAUGGUGUGGCAUAUGCUGACAAAGACUUGAAGGCAGAUGUCAUACUAGAUAUGGCCACCUUAACUGGUGCUCAGGGUAUAGCAACAGGUAAAUACCAUGCGUCUGUGAUAUUUCUAGGUAAAUACCAUGCAUCUGUGAUAACUAACAAUGAGAACUGGGAGCCUGGGUGUGUCAAGGCAGGCCAGAACUCUGGAGACCUGUGCCAUCCCAUGAUUUACUGUCCAGAGGUCCAUUUUGCAGAGUUCUCCAGUGCAGUAGCUGAUAUGAAAAAUUCCGUCGCUGAUAGAAGUAAUGCCCAAGUGUCCUGUGCAGGGAUGUUCAUAGCAGCACAUUUAGGAUUUGACUUUCCAGGGACUUGGAUUCAUGUAGAUAUGGCAUACCCUGUACACAGUGGUGAAAGAGCAACUGGUUAUGGAGUCGCUCUUUUGUUGUCCUUAUUUGGUCAAAGCUCACAAUCGGCACUUUUGCAGUC